AUGACCUCAACCCUACCACCACCGUCGACCACUCCAGAGAUAACAAUUUCGGUGCCAUUGUGUAAUAUUGAUGGCAGAUAUGAUGGCCAGUACGGUAUUGAACACUGGCCACCCGUUCCCAUCGGACGCCGUUCACGUGUUAAAUGUCCUCACGAGGAUUCGGGUCACGCCUACUGGAAAUGUAUGCAAAACGGACUGUUCUCGUCUCACGGCCCCAAUUGGACUCAUUGUGACUACUGGUUGGAGGAAUUGGACAAAACAGACAUCGAUAGCGUGGACACUGCUAUUGAUGUGAUCGAAACCAUCACCAAAAAGACUUAUAAUAACAACACUAUCGUUGAAAGCGAAAAGUUGUCCAAAGUUUUAGAUAUCGUAUCGAAAGUGCAGUCGUUUGUGGAGAACGCAAACGACAGCAGUUUAGUGGUCGUCAAGAACUACACCCACGGAGUGAUCAACACUUUUAGUCAUAUUCUGGACCAGAAGUACGCGUGGAUUAACUCAACCUCUAAGGAGAAGACUAAUCUCGCCUCAAAGAUAUUGCUCACCACUCAGUCAUCCUCUUAUACCCUAUCAUUACAGCAAAAUAGGUCCACAAAAUCGGUUGAGAUAUCCACUCAUGAUUUCUAUAUCAAUUCAUUUUAUAUCAAUAAAUUCUUAAACACGAGUACAGAGCGGACUAACACUGCCUUUGGGGCCAUAAUUCGUAACAUUGAUGGAUAUCUGAUGGCAAAUAUUAAAGACAAUUUCGAAAUCAAUUCUGAUAUCCUGUCAUUCAGUUUAAACAAUAAAUCAGAGAUUAUAGAGCUUAACAACGAAGUCAUCAUAACACUUCGGCACAAACAGAGACUAGAAUUGGGUGAUAAAGUGGAUUGUGUUUUUUGGGACUUUCAGACUUCAACAUGGAGUUCCUUUGGAUGUGUUAGGGAUGACACAGAGUCCCACUUAUGGCAUACGGUCUGCAAAUGCAAACAUUUGACUAAUUUCGCGGCACUUAUGGAUGUGAACGGAAGGGAAAGCAAGACAUUAUGGUUGUGUCAAAUGUCUUCGGCAUUACUUCUGUAUUCACUGUUGGGCUCAUUCUUCUGGAUGCUUAUGGAGGGCUACUAUUUAUACAAAUCCUUGAUCUUGUGUUUCAACUCGGAAUUUAAGGCCCGUUAUCUGUACCUUAUGGGCUAUGGCCCACCUGUGCUCAUACUUAUUGUCUCUAUUAUCACCGUUUUUAUCAAAGAGAAUAUUCUGUGGGAAAUAUUUUUCGAUGAAAGAUAUCAUUAUUUGUAA